AUCUCCCCUACCGCUAUCCUCCUCUUAACAAUAUCAUCCUAUCAGCAAGUCCUCCACUCACCUACUUCCUUAGGGCGUAUCACCCUCUCACCUGUGCUCCGGAAACUUCAAAUCAGACAUCCCGCCCCAUCCCCAAAUCCCUCCAAAUCGGAUCAUUUUUCUUUUUCUCCAGUUUCCAGUCCAAAAGUCCACGGGCGGGAGUUGUCAUCAACGUAUCUCGUGUCUUUCCACUGUAGUUGGGAUUCAUUUUGAGAACAUCUUUCUUUCAAUACACAUCCAGUCGUUCAUUUCCUCCAACUUGGGUCCGCUGCGUUCGAAUCUCACUGGUUCUUCGUCUCCUUGUUGUCGAUUCUUCCCAUCUCGCCAUAUUCCCUCUACAAUAUCGGAUAACGCACAUCCUACACAACCGACAACAUGACUGAAAAGCCUUUGCCUUUCAUCUACCAGUUUGGGGCUGGUGCCAUUGCUGGUGUCUCUGAGAUUCUUCUCAUGUACCCUCUCGAUGUCGUCAAAACCAGAGUUCAACUACAAGGCAAGGCCGCUGUCCCAGGACAAGACCACUACACAGGCAUGCUCGACUGUUUCCGCAAGAUUGUCAAGAACGAAGGUCCCGCCCGACUUUACCGUGGUAUCACCGCCCCGAUUCUGAUGGAAGCCCCCAAACGAGCCACCAAAUUCGCCGCCAACGACUCCUGGGGAAUUUUCUACCGCCGACUCUUCAACGUCGACAAACCCACACAACCGCUUGCCGUCCUCACGGGCGCCACCGCCGGCGCCACUGAAGCCUUCGUCGUCGUCCCCUUCGAACUUGUCAAGAUCCGACUCCAAGAUCGCGCAUCCGCAGGAAAAUACAAUGGCAUGAUCGACGUGGUUGUCAAGACCGUCAAGGCCGAAGGUCCCCUCGCUCUCUACAACGGUUUGGAAUCAACAUUGUGGCGUCAUAUUUUGUGGAACGCCGGUUAUUUCGGAUGUAUUUUCCAGGUCAAGUCACUAUUGCCUGCAGUCGACAAGAAAGAAAACCCUUCAGCCGCCAUGCUGACGGAUUUUGCUUCUGGUGCUAUUGGUGGAACGGUCGGAACGAUCCUCAACACACCCAUGGAUGUGGUCAAGUCGAGAAUUCAAAAUACUAUCAAAGUCCCUGGUGUUGCCCCUAAAUAUAACUGGGCUUGGCCGGGUCUCGGAACGAUUAUGAAGGAAGAAGGUUUCGGCGCUUUGUACAAAGGUUUCACUCCCAAGGUGCUGAGACUGGGACCCGGUGGUGGUGUUUUGCUCGUCGUCUACACUGGUGUCAUGGACUGGUUUAGGAAGAUGGGUGCUAAGCCUGUCGAGUAAAUCAGCUCAUGACUCGCAUCGCAUCGUGCCUUUGCAAAUACACAUAUUGGGAAAGAAGUUGGGUUCGCCGGAAUCACAUCUGCAGUUACAGCAUUGCAGCGUUGUUCCAAGGAGCCCUUUGCACAUGACACUGAAAAGACAGGAUGGAAUGGGAACGGAACGACCUUUCUGGGAAACCACUACCUACUUAGAUUUGUGUUAUCUAGACUCGCAAGGAGAUAUGGGAUGGAUUCAUGCUGGGAGGAGAGCAUGAUACCCUCUAUUUUGUAUCCUUCAGGAGGGAGUGAUAUCUCUCGAGGAGGCAUGAUACAUCGAAUCAUAAUCAAAUCAUGGCGUUCUCUGUCUGGUCUCUUCUCUCGUUCUUGUGUCAUUGGGAUAGUGUGCUUGCCAGCUGCUUGCUUAAGGACAUAGCCAGCUCGUUGUCAUGAUCAAUGCCACCAAUCCAAUCCCG